AUGGCCGAGAUUACCGUCCAGCCCCGACGAUUCACCGUUAAUAUAAAAGCCACUUCCGAAUCCUGAAUCCUUGUAGAAACUUCAGGAUGUUCUCAUUCCUUUCAAUCUCGACAUUCCUUUGUCUAGCUCAGGUUAUUACGGCUCAAACGUUUGGAUUCAAUGGUCAGAUCUUCACCAGAGGUCUAGCUAUUAUUGACUCUCCUGCUCCCCAGAGCACGCUUCAUGCGGGCUCUAAUGUUGCAAUUGCGGUCGACAUAUCUGGUGAUGGGAACCUUCCAGCUAGUGCUGCCACCCCUGGAUCCAAUGACUCUACUCGCUUCGACAGCUUGGAGAUCUACCUCUUCUCGUAUCCCCAGAGUAUCAACCUCACUAUCUCAUCUGGCAGCGACAUUCUUGCACAGGAGAACAGUAGCACUGUAAAACACAUCAACUACAAUAUCAGCUCAUGUGUACCUGCUGGGCAGUACAAUCUGUCGUUUUACGAAGUCUCACACAUUAAUAAUCAGGAAUACUUCAUCAUUUCUGCCAUUCCAGUGGAAGUUCAGAAUGAUAACAAACAAGGAGGAUGUAAUAGUACAAAUGCGCUAGCCACCUUCCCUGAACCUGACAACGCACCCACUCAAAGUCCGUGGCUAAACAGUACGGCCGGUGCGACAUCUAUUGCACCGAACCUCCCAAGUCCCACCCCCACAGGCGGAGACCAGUCUGGCGCAAUGGUUGCUUGUGUCGAGGUCAUUGGGUUGAUCGCGGGCUUAAUGCCCGCUGUGUACUUCUUGCUUGGAUUUUCGACGUGAUUGAAAGCUCGGUAUCUGUUCGGAGACAUUCAUUUUCAACUUGUUGCGCAGUCAUUAUUCGUGCCUGGUUGGUAUCAUGCUGCAACAAGUCACAUCAAGACCAUUCGAAUAUGCUUCUCAGUAAGGACCAUGCUUCGUAACUGCACUUCCAUUGCGCGAGGAUCCCACUUGUGCUUUCUUCGGUUCGCAAGAAAUGGAUUUAGAUUCAGUUCCUUAGGGUCAGGCAUGUUUCGCGGAUCCUGGGAAUAGAUAUCGUCAUGAAGUCCGUAUG